AUGCACACUUCCGCACACGCGGGGCGGGGCUGGACCCGGUGUUCGCCUCUUCAGACCUGUGCAGCACUCAGUGCGGCGUGGGUUUCCUCCCUCGUUUCUGCGGGAGGAUGCUGUAGCCCCAUUCUGGUAGUAGUGACGGAAAUGGGAGACAGGCAACGAAAAGGUGGCAGGGUGCUGGGGAUGGCGAUUGAAGCCAGGGCCUUGAGUAUGCAAGGCAAACACUCUACCAGGUCUCCUCUAUCUAAAAGCUGCAGAAAAAUGAUCAAUUUACAGGAAUCAGUGACAUUCCAGGAUGUGGCUGUGGACUUCACUUCAGAGGAAAGGCAGCUGCUUGAUUGUGAUCAGAGAUCCCUCCCUGUAUUGGGAUGUGAUGUUGGAGAACUAUAAAAACCUCAUGUCAGUGGGUAAGGACAGAGGGUGGUAACUGUGUAACUUGGAAUGUACCAAUACAGUGCACUCCCUUUAAGACAUGUGAGAGCUGGGAACAUUCUGAAGCAUUAAUAAAAUUG